AUGAUCAAGGAUAAACUAAGCCUGAAUGAUAAGAUGGAGUUCAUGAUUAUAGGCACCAGAAAGCAAGUGGCUAAAGUGAACAUUGAUGGUCUUAGUGUCGGUGAGAGCAUUAUAGCUCCCUUGACUUCAGUUAGGAACUUGGAAUUAUGGUUUGACUGGACCCUGAGUAUGAAACUACACAAUAAGAUAUGUACGGCUGCGUCUUUUCAUAUUUACAAUAUAAGGCAGAUCAGAAAGUACCUUAACAAUGACGCCACACAAAUGCUUUUUCACUCUAUUAUUAUAGGCCGCUUAGAUUACUGCAAUAGUCUUCUUUAUAAAGUUCCCACAGUACACAUGAGUAAGUUACAAUGCAUUCAGAAUAGUGCUGCCUGGCUUGUAUGCUCAACUCGGUUUAAUCAUAUUAUACUCCUCUUAUUUUCUUUGCAUUGGCUACCUGUUGCCUACCAUAUUAAGUUUAAAAUCCUAAUUUUAACGUUUAAAGCAAUAUAUCAACUUGUACCGUCCUAUAUCUGCAAUCUAGUUCCAUUAAAGGAGAAAUGUAAAUACCAGCUCUGUUCUUCUGAAGAACUACCAUUGCAGUUGCGCAUGGGAAAAACAAAGAAAACCCUGGGUGACAGAUCAUCCCAAAUAGCUGUCCCUACACUGUGGAACAGUCUGCCUGCAAGUGUCAGAGACAUCGAUAACUUUUUGGUUUUUAAACAAACAAUAAAGACUUACAUAUUUAGGAAGGCUUUCGGCUGUUAUAGUUAGAUUGAUUAAUUUUAGAUUGUAAAUUUUAGGUAUUCUUAAAUAUACUUUAUUGUAAUUAUUACAAGUAGUUAUAGUUGUAAGGCACAUUUGACCAUAUUCGGAUGUCAAUUUGCGAAUAAUAAGAAAUAAAUAAUAUUCAAUCCAAUUUUAAUUGGAUUACAGCCAUUGAAAUGGUUUUUUAAAAAAAUGAGAAAUGCUUUCCAUUAUUUAAACUGUUCAUAAAAUGCCUUGUUUUUUUCUGAAAUACAUCUCAGAAUAAAGAGAUGAAUGUCAGUGUAAAAGAUGCUUAUCAGGUGACACUGCUCGCGCCUGAGAAACAAAACUUGGCAAUAGCCAGCAUGCCAAAAUCUGAAGUGGCAAAGGCAGUACCAGAUGAUGUGAUGUUUGCCCCAAUAGAACAAAUGACGAAAGUUAUUAGAGACGAAAGUUAUUAG